AUGUUCGCAGAUUUUGAGAAUCGCCGAGCGAUCGUGCUGGAAGGUUCCGAAGCCGCACCUCUGACUCUUACUACGGUGGAGGAUACGGCGAAAGUCGUCGCCCUUGCUCUGGAGUACAAAGGGAAGUGGCCACGUAAAGGCGGGAUUCAGGGGUCACAGACGACCGUGGGACAGUUUCUCGCUCUAGCGGAGAAGAUUCGUGGGCCUUUUCAGGUCGAGCGGCUCCGUCUGGAAGAUGUUGUUCGCGGGGAGUUGAAGACUUCGUGGGUACCUUUGGUAGAACAUGAGGCUGUGCCAGUCGAGCAGAGAGAGAAGCUGGCUCGAGGUACGUUUUGGGGGAAUAUCUCAGGUCGAUCGCUUCGGGGGCUUGGUCGGUCGGAGAUGAGUGGAAUCAGGCGCUGCCAGAAUAUACCUUCACUGGGGCGGAGGAGUAUUUGCAGGGGGUGUGGAAGGGAAAAGCGUGAGAUACACGAUGUAGAGCUUCAGGAGGCUCGCCACGUCGUCGGAGUGGAUCAGAAUGUUUAG